AUGUUAAAAAACCUACUUACUGCUUUUAAUUCCCCUAGUCAUUUCACCACUACCAGCCGUCAUUUAAACAUAAAAAGAAAUCAAUUUAUUUCUGAUAAUUGUGUCAUACUCAAAAAUGGGUUUUUAUCUAAUAAGUGUUGGUGUCAUACCUCUGCAAAAGAGCCAAAUGACUUGGAUCAAGAAAAUGAUGUUGUGAAUAAGAUAAUUUACAAUUCUAUUUUAAAUAAUAAAGGCUUUCUUGAACGGAAGAAAGAAGAGAAGAUAAUUAGAAAAUACGCCAAAAAUGAUGUAAAACUGUCAGUUCCAGUUUCUUUAAAAUAUAUACUUGAGAAUGAUAAAUCUGAACCAUCCCAAGAAGAGUUUAAAAUUAUUGAAAACAAAUAUCUCGUUAAUUUGCCUUAUACUGUCAGAGCUGUAGAUGAAAAUGUUUUUACAUCCAAUGAUGACCAGAAAAGCCACAGCGAAAACUUAUCAGAUUCUACUGAUGAUAUCAUUGUUGAUUUACCUUCCAGUUCCACUACAAAAUGGAUGAAUGAUUAUGAGAAAUAUACGGUAGACCAUGAGGAAGAUUGUGAUGGAACUGAAAUUGAAGAAUGGAGAAGGAAAUAUGGAACACCUGAUCCAAAAAUGCCUGUCAGCCAAGUACCUUGUGGAGGAUGUGGUGCUCUCCUUCACUGUCAGGACUACAGUAUUCCUGGAUAUCUGCCGAGUGAAAUUUUUUCCAACUGUGAUGAAGUAGAUCUUCGAGAAAUAAUUUGUCAGAGGUGCCAUUUUUUGAAAAGCUACAACACUGCUCUCUCAGUUACAGUUGAUCAAGAUGUAUAUCCAAAAUUACUAUCUAAAAUACAGGACACUAAGUCACUUGUUCUUCUCAUAGCUGAUAUGACAGAUCUGCCAUGCAGCGUCUGGCCAGGAAUAUUGGAUAUCAUUGGUUAUAAACGACCCUUGUUUCUUGUCGGAAAUAAGGUCGACUUACUUUGGGGAGACAGGAGGGGGUGGAUGGAGCAUGCUUUAUGCAGUUUACGCUCUACGCUCCCUAGACCUGCUGCUGUAAAAUAUUGCAGUCUUGUAUCAGCAAAGACAGGCUAUGGUAUCGAAGAACUCAUUAAUAAAUUACAUAAUAUCUGGCAAUAUAAAGGUGAUGUCUACCUGGUAGGUUGUACAAAUGUUGGAAAAUCGACCCUUUUUAAUGCUUUAUUGCAAUCAGAUUAUUGUAAAGUAAAAGCAGUUGAUCUCAUUCAGCGGGCCACUACCGCACCUUGGCCGGGAACUACAUUAAAUCUUCUAAAGUUCCCAAUUUUGAGACCAGAAGGAUGGAAACUCUAUCUUAGAACGCUGAGGCUCAAAAAAGAUAGAAUGAUGUUAAAAGCUGAGAGAAAACUCAGUCAAGAACAAAAGCAAGUUUUUAAAAUAAGAGAUAAAACUCCACCGCAAUUAGUUGGACAUAUUGGAAGAAGCUUUUUUAAGUUACCUGAAAAGAAACAGUUAGAAGGUAAAGAUAACUUUGACAUCUCAGGCGUGCCGCAGAGGCUUGGUUUGAACCCAAAUGAUCCAGAUUUUGCUAAAACAAAGUGGGUUUAUGAUACACCAGGAGUUUUACAUAAGGGGCAGAUUUUAGACUUGUUGACUACUGAAGAAGUUACCCUGACUCUUCCAAAAAAGAUAAUUGAACCAAGGACAUAUUCGAUAAAACAGGGAUGGAGCAUAUUUAUUGCUGGAUUAGCUAGAAUAGAUUACUUGGAAGGAAACAAAAGUAUAAGAUUGACUGUGUUUUCAUCCAUUUCCUUACCAAUUACAAUUACAAACAUAAAAGAAGCAGAUGAAGUUUAUCAAAAAUUGUUGGGCACUGGCUUCACAAUUGUUCCAAGGGGGCCUCCAGAAAGGUUAAAAGUGUGGCCUGGAUUAGAGAAAGCCCUGGAAGUGACAUUUGCUGGAAUUGAUAGAAAUGAAUCUUGUGCUGAUGUCACUCUUUCUUCUGUUGGUUGGGUUUCCUUGACCCCAGACCAAGAAGAAAUGGUAAAACUGGGAUUUUGGACUCCUGAAGCAAGGGGUGUCCAUGUAAGGACUCCUUCACUGCUUCCAUAUGUUGUUGCUCUGAGAGGGAAAAAACAUACUAAAUUACCUGCCUACAGAAGAAGUAAAUUUAUUAUAUCUUAG